UUCCAGCCUGACAGCCGUCGUCAUUCACACUCUGAGCGUCUCGUGCGCUGUUUCAUCUCGCGCGCUGAUACUGCUACAUUGUUUCAUGCCAUCGUGACGUCGCGAAGGAAAGUAAUGACUGUUUGUGUUUUUAAAUAAGAAGACGCGUUCGUUUCUAUCUGAAAAUCUCCAGAACACCUUGGAUUUAAUCUGCAGGUUGAGAGUGGGUCAUUGCAAAUGCCAAAGAUGAUGACAGCUAGCUGCUGGACGAUCUGUCUGUUUCUGCUGGGAUCUGUCACUAAGUUCAUUGUUCUAGCCAGUCCUGAGGUAAACGAAAGCCAGCAACAACAUCCUCAAAAUGUGUACCACGACAUUGGUGUUACUAGGAACAAGAUUGUGACGGCACAGUUCGAGUGCUAUCAGAAGAUCAUGAAGGACAGCGGUCAAGACAGAAGAGUUGGCCCGGCAUGCAACAUGACCUGGGAUGGAUGGUUGUGUUGGGAGGACACAGAGGCCGGCAUAACAUCUGAGCAACACUGCCCUGACUAUUUCCAUGAUUUUGACCCUACAGAAAUGGUCACCAAAAUAUGUACAGAAAGCGGGCACUGGUUCUUGCAUCCUGAGAGUAAUCGCACAUGGACAAAUUUCACCAGAUGUAAUUUGCACACUACUGAAGGACGCAGGACUGCAAUGAAUUUGUUCUACUUGGCGCUAAUUGGUCAUGGGCUCUCUUUAACAUCUUUGUUCAUCUCGCUAAGCAUAUUCUUCCAUUUCAAGAGUUUGAGCUGCCAGAGAAUUACCCUGCACAAAAACCUCUUCUUUUCCUUUGUAUUAAACUCCAUCAACACUAUCAUUUGGUUAACAGGAGUGGCAAACAACCAAGAACUAGUUCAGGAAAAUCCAAUCAGCUGCAAAGUAUCCCAGUUUAUCCAUCUCUACAUCUUUGGAUGCAACUACUUCUGGAUGCUUUGUGAAGGGAUUUACUUGCACACACUCAUUGUUGUGGCAGUUUUUGCUGAAAAACAGCAUUUAAUGUGGUAUUACCUUCUUGGAUGGGGUUUCCCUCUUAUACCCGCUACAAUACAUGCCGUAGCCAGAAGUUAUUACUACAAUGAUAAUUGUUGGAUCAGCUCAAGUACUUCUCUGCUAUACAUUAUUCAUGGCCCUAUCUGUGCAGCACUGCUGGUGAACUUGUUUUUUCUGCUGAACAUCGUACGAGUUCUCAUCACCAAACUGAAAGUGACGCAUCAAGCAGAGUCCAGUCUGUAUAUGAAAGCUGUCCGAGCCACGCUCAUUCUGGUUCCACUGCUGGGCAUCCAGUACGUUCUCCUCCCGUACAAACCUGGGGGACGCAUGUCUUCUGAAAUCUAUGACUACAUUAUGCAUAUCCUAAUGCAUUAUCAGGGACUGUUGGUAGCCACAAUCUUCUGCUUUUUCAACGGAGAGGUCCAAGCAGUUUUGAGAAGGCACUGGAAUCAGUACCGCAUACAGUUUGGAAGCGCCAUCACACAAUCUGAUGCUCUGAGAUCUGCGUCGUACACAGCGUCCUCCAUUACAGAGGUCCAGGGCUGUUACAGCAUCGACGGCCACACAGAACACUUGAAUGGCAAAAACUGCCAUGACAUUGACAACAGCACCUUAAAACCAGAGAAUCCCUUUGCCUGAUGCCGCUGAACGUGGCAGUAUGCCGCAAAACAAAAACAACAACAAAAAACUGUUGACUACAGCGACGGCUGUCACACGGCUGAAUUGGACCAUUUUACUCAUAAUUCACUGCUCAUUCUAUCUGAAGGGUGGAGAAAAGGCAUUUCUCCCCAAAUUUACACUGAAAAACAUUUCGCUACCUUCAUUUAAUGUUAAAUGGACAAAUAUAAACAUUACUGGCCCUGUCUUUGUACUUUGCAGUAUUUUAGUUUGCUCGAUGGCUGUGCGCAGUUGAAUCAAUAUUCAGCUCUUUUCUCAGAUUUCACCUGUAAUGCAUUUCUUUGUCUUAUAUUUGACCCGUAAUAUAAAAAUGAAUAAUAUAUCUAUAAUCCAAAUCAUGACCACACUAAUGAGAAACGUAUAUUUUUUACUAAAAGACAAAACUAUAUGUAUGUUGAAAGAUUUUUUUUUUUUAAAUAUAUAUAUAUAUAUAUAUAUAUAUAUAUAUAUAUAUAUAUUUGUUAAUCUGGACAAAAACUAAAUGGAAUAUUAAAGAUUUUGUAUUUUUUCUUAUGCUCAAUUUUGGUCGAAAUUAAAUCUGUUAUUUGACUCAAGUCACAGGUAUAAUAAAUCAUAAACAUGUACUUUAGGGAACCCUAAAAAUGACACUGGAGAUUUGACCAUAAUUUAUGUAACAUUAAGGUUUAAUAAGAACUCAUCGUAUAUGAAAACAAGCCUACCACUUUAUUUAAGUUGUAUUUCUCUAAUUUUAUACUUCGUUUUUCACAGUUAAAUUUAUACUGCACUUGCCACAUUUUCAGUGUAUUAUUUGAUUUCAUUUUUCUUGUAGUGUUUAGUCAUGUACAUUUCUUUUAAUACAUGGCUUUUGUUAAAUAAUAAGAUACAAUAACCCACUACCUAGAGUGUUACUCUGCAACUUUUCCUAACAUGGUUGGAGUGUUUGAGAUAUUGCUCUUGUGUUCCUUUCAGCCACUCUAUCUAAAUUCAGUUACAUUCCAUAUUAUUUGAAUAAUGUGCCCAGUGUUUGUCACAGCAUUACCUAAUCUCACCCCAUUUUUGAUUUUUUUUUAAGUCUACAUUAGAGGUUUUCAUAAUGUCUAAAGGGAUAGUUCACCCAAAAAUGAACUUUACUUACUUACCUUCAUGAUGAUCCAGACUUGUACUGUAUGUAGAAUCAAGGAGAAUUUUCAAUGCCCCUCUUUCAAUAAUAGCUCAAUGUGGCCACAUCGGUCAAAAAAAAAAAAAAAAUGUAUCCAUAUUUGACUCAUGCACUAUAUUCUAAGUUCUCCAAAGUCAUACAAUAUUUAAAUUGCAAUGCGAGUCAGAAGUGCAAUGCAUUAUUAACUGUGAGUUAAAUUAUUAUUUUGGAUCAGUUUUGUUCAGGAAGCCAAUUUAUGUGGCUCACAAAUACAUAUGUGAAAAACCUUGCAUAUUUUUGGGCGAACUAUUCAAUUAAUUCCUACUUUUGUCCAUAUGCAUAUUUUAACCGUGCAAAAAGAAUUGUUGGCAAUGCUACACAUGCGGGAAAGUGCUUAUAUUAAUUAUGUAAAUAUUAUAUUCUUAGCUGUAAUCACAUUUGAAUAUUUUAUAGGGGUGUGCAUAAUAUCGCUUUGUACUGCAGACAUAAUGUGUGUGCAUUUCUUCCACCCUAAACAGGAACAUAACUCAUUCUGGGUUCAGAACAAAUCAGUAUUAAUAUUGCAAAUCAUGGCACUUCACAGCAUGCAAACAGAUGCCAAUCAUACAGACACUGUAUCAUUUCAUCAGGUUUUCAUCAUCAGACUCCGCUAAAUAUUCUUUUCCUUGAAUGUCAUUUAUUUUUGAAUGUGUGCCAAUUACUGUUGCUUAUAAUGCUUCCUAAUGUUUUUCUGUCGUGUUGUUUGUGAUCAUUUGUGUGUUUUAGUGAAAACAAAACACUCACUGCAGGACGGUUUCAUAUGUUUCAUGCACACAUUUGCUGCUUGUUUUUUGACCUGGUAUUUAAGGUUGUACUUUGUGUGAAAGUAAAUUUUGCUUUCAAACUUGUUAUCAGAAUAGUUGUAUUGUGCAUAUGCCUCGCCUAAAUUCAACCACUUCAGAUGCUCUUUUUCUGUAUGAAUGUGAUUCGUCUUUUGUUCUCUUGAGGUGUAUCUGUGCAACAUUUAUUUCAUAAAUUGUGGGGAGUGUUGCAAUCAUGUAUAUCGUAUUAUUCUGUAAUUAUAGAUGAUUAUUUCAAAUGU